AUGUUUUCAUUGCUGCACCCGCAAACGGAUGAAAGUUUUCUGGACACGGAAUCAACAGUUGAGGAUGUCAUAAGCUUGCUACAGAGUCUACAGAAACCAAAGGAGGAAGGAGAAGAGGGGCCUGAAGCUAUUAAAGAAGAUCUGAGGGGGGAAAGUGUCACCGAAGACAAUUUCAUGGUCACCGAGCGUCAGAAGCCUUUGGCUCCUAAAAAGGUUCCAAUUCCCAUAUUGAAAUCUAAAAAGAAGAAAGCAGAUCCUUCAGAUGGGAAUAAAGAUCGAUUUACAUUCAUGAGGCAGGUGGAUGUGGAUCAUGAAGAGAGCUCCAAGGCGCGUCUGGAACGUGAGCGAGUGGCUCAAAACUUUCGAAAAUUGGGCAACUCUGAGUAUCGGCAAGGAAACUAUUUGACUGCCAUGCGGAUGUACAGCAAGGCCAUCGAAAACAUCAAUGAUAGCCACAUUCUCUACAUAAAUCGUGCUCUUUGUUUCAUUAAAUCUGACCGAUUCAAGCGGGCCAUAGUCGAUUGUGAUUACGUUUUGAACAAAUUGGAUGAGAAGAAUCUGAGGGCGUGGCUGUAUCGGGCCAUGGCCUACAAGGGGCUCAACGAUGAGGCCAAUUUUGAGAAUUGUGUGAAAUAUGCCCGCAAAUUUAAUUCCAAGCAAAUGGAGUUUAUUGAUGGAUUCCUGGAAAAGUUGAAAUGA